ACCUGAGAAUGGAGCGAAGCUGACGCACCGUUAUUUUGUGGACCGUGGCUUUCCUCCGCGAAGCUUUUCCUCAUGCCAUUCCAACCGGGGUGCUACGAUAGAGUGGGAAAAACGCUCUACAUUACUUUGAGAACUUAUUGACUCGCGUGCUACCAAUUUACCCUUAAUAUUUUAACCGUCAUUUGGACACUUUUACUGCGUAAUUACGCACGACACGCAAAAUCGGAAUGGCUCCUCGUCGAAGACAAAAAACAGGAGUACAAGCUUUUUUACACGUGUGCCUCUCUGUUUCUGUUGUUUUUUCAUACAAUAUAGACUUAAAACAUCCUUUGGUGUUCCGUGGACCUAAUUCUAGUUUUUUUGGCUACUCUGUGCUGGAGCAUUAUCAUGACAACACUCGCUGGGUUAUUGUAGGGGCUCCCAAGGCCAACUCUACCUAUAGUAGUUCUGUGCACGUUCCUGGUGCUGUUUUCAAGUGUAGAGUCCACAGCAACCCGGAGCGCCGCUGCACAGAGAUGGACUUGGGAAGAGGAAACAAGCCCCGGGAGUCCUGCGGGAAGACGUGCCAAGGGGACAGAGACGACGAGUGGAUGGGAGUUAGCUUGGCCCGUCAGAACAGAGCCGAUGGCAAAGUACUGGCUUGUGCCCACCGCUGGAAAAAUGUCUACUAUGACUCGGAGCAUAUUCUACCGCAUGGAUACUGCUCGAUCAUCCCACCGAAUCUCCAGGGCAGGACACAGCCUCUCAUUCCAUGCUAUGAAGAUUAUAAGCAGAAGUAUGGGGAAGAGCACGGCUCCUGCCAAGCUGGGAUAGCGGGAGUUUUCAGAGAGGAGCUGGUGGUGAUGGGGGCCCCAGGGUCUUACUACUGGACGGGGACAAUUAAGGUUUACAACCUGACGUCUGACACCUUCUACAGUCCAAACAAAGACGAUGUCGACUCCCAUAGAUACAGCUACCUUGGCUAUGCUGUAACUGCAGGACACUUCUGCUCCCCUAAUGUGAUUGACAUAGCUGCAGGCGCCCCUCAGCACAACGGCAGCGGAAAGGUUUACGUUUUCAAAAUUGAUGGCGGAUCUUUGGUGAAGAGUUUUCAAGCCUCAGGGAAAAUGAUGGGCUCUUACUUUGGCUCCUCAUUGUGUGCAGUUGAUCUGAACAAGGACGGCCUGUCAGACCUGCUGGUGGGGGCACCCAUGCACAGCCAGCUACGGGAUGAGGGCCGCGUAUUUGUGUACCUCAGCAUGGGCAAUGGGGUAAUGGAGGAGCAUGCCAUUUUGACUGGGGACAAUGCUUACAACGCCCACUUUGGAGAGAGCAUUUCUUCAAUUGGAGACAUUGAUGACGAUGGCUAUCAAGACGUCGCCAUAGGUGCGCCGAAAGAGGACGACUAUGGAGGAGCUGUUUAUAUCUAUCACGGGGAUGGCACAGGAAUCAUCAGCAAAUAUUCAAUGAAAAUAACUGGGCGUAGUGUCAAUCCUGGUCUCCAGAUGUUUGGACAGGCCAUAUCUGGCAGUGUUGAUAUGGACGGCAAUGGAUACGCAGAUGUCACAAUUGGAGCUUUCAUGACGGAUAGUGUGGUGCUACUGAGGUCCCGGCCUGUCAUUACUGUGGACGUCUCCAUCUUCUUGCCUGUGUCGAUCAACAUUUCUGUACCUCAAUGCCACGAGGGUUAUAACGCAAACUGCUUCAACAUGACGGUCUGCAUGCACUUCCAUGGAAAACAACUUCCUGGACAAAUAGAGCUGCUGUACAACCUGACGGCUGACGUGGAAAAGAGACAAAAGACCCUUCCUUCCCGGGUGUACUUCAUUCAAAGUGGCUCUCAGAUCAGCCAGAAAAGCCAGCAACUCAGCCUUGAUGUCAACAAGGAAAAGUGCCAGCGCUACACGGCCUAUGUCAAAAAGGAUGUUAAAGACGUGUUCACAGCCAUCACAUUUGAGGUGGCAUACAGCCUAGGGAAGCAUGUAUUAGGCGGACACCAGGAGCAAGACCUGCCUGCACUCACCCCAGUGCUACGCUGGAGGAAGGGAAACAAGAUUGCUGUUAGGAAUGAGACUUGGUUUGAGAAGAACUGCCUGUCAGAUGACUGCGCUGCAGACCUACGUCUCCAUGGGAAGCUGUUGCUUUCUGGGACACACAGCAGGCCCCAUUUGGCCCUGGGAGGAGUCAGGAAUGUCUCCUUGAACUUGACCAUCUCCAACGCUGGAGAUGACGCAUAUGACACCAACGUCUAUCUCAACUUCUCCCGAGAGAUUUUCUAUAUCAACUUCUGGCAGAAGGAAGAGAAGGGCAUUUCCUGUGAACUUGUCGAAUUGGACUUCCUCCGAUGCAGCGUGGGAUUUCCCUUCAUGAGAGCUCAGACGAAGUACCAUUUUGCAGUUCUUUUUGACACAAGUCAGCUCUCUGGGGAAAAUGACACACUGCAGUUUUUGGUGCAAGCAAAGAGCGCCAAUCCUGAGCACAAACUCUCGGACAAUAUUCUGGAUAUAUCCAUCCCGCUGAUUCAUGAGACUGACACAACAAUUACUGGUGUGGUGACACCGAGUUCUUUUGUGUAUGGAAACUCCAUCGAUGCCUCACGCUUUGUCCAGCUUCAAGGCAUGGAGUGUAGCUUCCAGCCACUCAAUGUGACUUUCCAGGUGAUAAAUAACGGCCCCAGCCGGCUACCAGGCUCCACCGUGGAUAUCAGGAUUCCAAACCGGUUGGCUGGCAAUGGAGCUGAUAUGUUCCACAUUGUUGAAACACAGGUGGCUGAUAGCCGAGGAAACUGCACCCCACAUAGGAACCCGGCACCAUGCAUGAUCCCCCAGGAUCGAGAGAGCAUCUUCCAUACUUUGUUUGCCUUUUUCACCAAAUCAGGCCGCAAAGUCCUGGACUGCGACCGGCCAGGAAGAGCGUGUAUGACAAUCACCUGCACGUUGGGGCCACAGCUAAAAGAAGAAGCUUUGAACAUAGAUAUCAAACUUCUACUCAAUACUGAAAUUCUAAAAACGGAUACUUCCUCUGUGGUUCAAUUUGUGACACGAGGCCACGUGCAAGUAAAUGAUAGGACAGUGGAGGUGCCUAAAGGCUUGCCAGAAGAUAUCUCUCUGAUCUUUGAGGCGCUACACAGUCAGGAGCCCAGAGGCUAUGUGGUGGGCUGGAUCAUCGCCAUCAGUCUGCUGGUGGGCAUCCUCAUCUUUUUGCUGCUCGCUGUGCUGCUAUGGAAGAUGGGCUUCUUCCGUCGGAGGUACCGCGAAAUCAUCGAGGCGGAGCGGAACAGAAAGGACAGUGAUGAUAGCUGGGACUGGAUGGAAAAGAACCAUUGAGACUUGUGGUGGUGGUGGCAGCGGCGGUAGGGGUCCUCGUGGAGCCAAAGAGAUUUAGGGAUUGGGUCAGAAUGAAUCCAACGGCACGGGGCUCCCCUUUCAGCCUCGUCGUCCUGUUGGCACCAGGCUCAACAAGCCUUCCAUAUGUGGAAGAAGAAGAAUAUUCUCCAUAUUUUCUGGAGACUUGAUAUGUUUUCGAGGGUGGGGAUCCAGGAAUUUGCGAGGUGACGAAGAAUAGCCAGAACUUCCAGCUGGCGGCGAGGAGCUGCAGGUCGAAUGUCCGAAUGUGGAUUCUGGUGGACGACAAAAACCUCAGGGCUGUGUUACAGAAGCAACUUUAUUUUUUGACACUUUAAGCCAUAUUGUGCAAGAAGUGGUCUCGAAGAGGAGUUAGCGCCAUUCUAAACAUACCGCGUCCGUCGUAUGUUUUCCUAAAAGCACUGAUGUCUGAUAUGCCUGAAUUUCUCAGCUCCAGAAAUUUAUCUAACCCUCAACAGAGUGGAAAUGUUCCCUACUUAGGGAGUGGACAAUUCUUCUCGAUCUUCUCCGUCUACCCUUUUGUUGAUACCAUCAAACAGUAAUGUUAUGUUUUACACACAAGAACACACACGCACACACAGUUAAAAACACUGUAACCUCUGCUGCUGUUGCAGAGUUGGCCCACAAAGUGCAGUGAAUAAUCUGGCUGAGGUUUUAAGAAAUAUUAACACCUUAUGGGCCAUGUUUUUUUUCUUUUAAAUCAUACCUCUGUGAAGUCAGAUGCAAUCAAAUGCACAUUUAUAUAAAAAUGAUGUCAAACUUUUAUGCUGCUAUCGUUUUUAAAAUAUUUACAAUUCUCUUAUAGGUCAAUCUGAGGUCAAUCUGCCCCCCAUUUAGAUUAAAAAUGGCUAAUAAUUGUGUCAAUCGUUCGUGUUUCAUUUGUGCUUGUUUGUGCUGUAAAAAGUUUUGUUUGUGCUGCUAUUGUUUUUGAGAUAUUAAUUCCGAGUGAUGACGUCAGUCGCAGCCCCUCCGUCAGCCACGGCUGACGGAGCGUACCAACUCUCUUAAUCACAGAGGGGUGUCCCAACAACUAGAGCAGUGGUUCUUAACCUUGCUAAAGGUACCGAAUCCCACGGGUUUCACAGGUGCAUUCACCAAACCCUUCGGAAUUUCGUAAUAAAGCCUUUUUUUAUUUGUAUUUUUUAACGAAUUCAACACCUAGCAAACUAAGAUCUAAUUCAUGUUCAAAUUUCUUCCAGUUUUCUAAAUUACUACAGAUAAUUUUGAUUAAUUUUCACGUUAGUAAGUGAAAUUAAACUCAUUUCAUUUCACACAGUUUCUUUUUUUCUUUGUUUUCAUGUCUACAUUCUCGUUUUAUUAUCGCAUGAAUGGUUUUUUUGUUUCCUUGUACCCUGCCUAUUGUGUCCUUGUACCCUGCCUACUGUUCAUAGUUAUCUGGGAUUGGCUCCAGCGCCCCAGUGACCCUCAUGAGGAUAAGCGGCUCGGAAAUCAAUGAAUGAACGAAUCCUUGCAUCACAUAGUUUUCAUGGCGUAAAAUGACGCUUUUUUUUUUUUAUCAUUAUCCACGCAGUUCACGCUGUCUGUAGAUCUGUUAUACUU